UGAUAACGGGGGCAGUGAACCGAACGCAGCUGUGGAGGACGACGCUGGCGGCGGAAGAGACCAGGAAACGCCUACUUCCAACUCUCCAGAAGCUGCAAGUGGACGCCUGAAUGACGGGCUAUUCGCAGAUAGCGGAGAAAACCAUUGUGGUUCUUGGCUUGUUCUGGCAUGUGCUUGUGUUCUUGGGGCAUGCGUACUCAGCAUCCCGUCGUCAUUUUCGUUGCUGUUCAGGAGACCGAUUGCAAAAACAGAGGCUGCUGAUGACCAUAGUGUUCUCAUUUAUUCCGCCGUUUACAAUGCUGGAGAAGCGUUGUUUUAUUUGACAGCAAGUUUUAUAAAACCUCUGGUGGCGAUUUUCGGGCAUCGUCUUUUAGUCGCCGGAAUUUUCAUGACAGGGUCCGGACUCGUGGCAUCGUCAUUAGUUGCUAAUUUGUUGGCAUAUUUUGCGACGUACAGUCUUCUCGUCGGUGAGUGAAU